GAUGGUGCGCUAUCCAGGAAAUGGCGGAUUGUUUUUACAUUGGGGGAGUUGUAAAAAUUUGAGCGUGAGACAUGUGGGUGUUGUAACGAUUCACGAACAAGUAGUCAAUUAAACACUCCUUUCGGCAUGAGUGAUCAUUUUUGGGAACCUUUAGCCGAAGUGUACAUCGCAGAUCGAGCAGAGUCUUCUAACCCUGAUAAUUACAUUUAUUGUCUUUGCAGCAGAGUAUUUAUUGGAAACCCAGAAGUUUAUACAAUCCUUGCUCUAGAAAAUGCUAGUGAAGAUGAAGAUGUUGAGGGUGAUUGUGUUGGAGAAAUGUUAGAUCUUCAUAAAAGGUCUAUUAUAGAAGCACAAUCUAUUGAAAAACAUGAUGAAGAACCAGUGAGCUGCUACUGCAGUGCUUCACACACAGACAACAAUUAUUCCACAGAUGAACAUGACUCUGUUCGUGAUUCUGCUUAUCGUCCUACUACACAUUCCCUCACACAAAAGCUGGGCCUGCAUCAGUCAGAUUCAGGUGCAGACUUAUCUGAAUAUCAUGACCAACAUGAGGCUAAAAGUAUACAAAAUUUAUUGGCAUCUUAUGGAAAAACUUUCCAAACUACAGAGACUGAACUGGAGGAUGAAUUUGACAAAGUGAAUAUACUUGCACAACAUCAAGAAGAAAAAGACCUAAAAUUUGAAUCUAAAAUGGUAAAUAUUCAUUCAUCAGAUCAUCUUGCAGAUAGCAUUGAAGUUUUAAAUUAUGAUCCAUCCACAUAUAACGAAAAGGAAUUUCAUCUAGAAAAGCCAUUAUGCUCGUCAGAAGACAAAGAUUUUGAAAUACAUAAUAUAUUUAAAAAUGUUUCCCUAAAUGAUACACAGACUUAUAAUGAAGAUGUUAGGUAUAACUGUGAUGAUAACUUUCAUGAUUAUCCAUAUUAUUCUAUGUAUUCUAAAACUAAGAAUAUAAUGGAUAUUGCAUGGGAGAAAUAUUGGUGUGAAAAUCGUGAACAUAUAAUUUGGACAACUUGGAUUAGAAAAUAUGCAGAUUACAUAAAUCCAGAAUAUUUACAACAGUAUGCUCAUUUAAUAAGUGGUGAAAAAUUGGAAAUGAAAGAAACUAUUGAAAAAUUCUCAGAACAAAAUACAUGUUUUCCUAGUCAAGCACACAAAAAUUGUGAACUUGAUCGCUCAAAUUUUGAAGGAAUAUUUAGUAAAAGUAAUAGUGCUGGUGAUAAUGAAAUGAAAGCAAAUAAUACAUGUAGCAUUAAUUUUUCAUUUGAUGAUGUAAGAAAACAAGAAAUAAAUGAUAAAGAUGCAGAAGAUAAUAGAAAAAAGUUAACAAAUUUUGAAACAUCACCAGAAACUGGAGAUGGCUGGAAUCCAUUGAGUCCUUUUAGUAUGGAAGAGAGUUAUAAUCAACAGUCUAAUGCAGAAGAUGAAAGACUUUUAACAAGGUGCGAUUCCAUUAAUGAAUCUAUAGCAAAAACAAAUGCAACAUCAGAUUCUAUGACAAAUGUCACAAAAAUGACCCUUACUAGUUCUAGUUGUGAUUCUAUCUCUACAAAUUCAUCUAAUCUCAUUAGUUCUGUAACUAGUUCCAUUGAAAGCAAUAUAACAAAUACCAGUUCAGAUCAAGAUAAUGAUCAAGAUAUUGCAGAAGAUACUGAUAGAUACUGGCAGCAUUUAUGGAAAGAGAAUUUUCAAAUAGAAUAUGAAACCCAUUAUAAAUUAUUUAUAGAGAAAUAUAAAAGGGAGCAAUCUGAGAUUGGCAAUCAAAGUUAUAACCAGGAACAUAAUGAUGUAGAUAUGAAAGAGGAUGAAAGUGAUGAAAGUAUAGAUCAAGACUUUACACAAAGAGAAAUAGAUACAUCUAAUAAAAUUAAUAUUUCCGAAAGUAAAAAUGUGUCUAACAAACAUUUUUCUUAUACUAAGAAAGAAAAACUAAAAAAGAAACGAUUAAUUACAGAAUCAGUGGGAAUGUUUAUUCGAAAUUUUACAAUAAACACAGUAGAUAAUGAACCUAUUGUAGAUAAAGAUGAAAAAAACAAUAAAAUGGAAUAUUCCCAAGAAGGUGAACAUGAUGAUCAAAUUUUAAUCGCACAAAAUAGUGCAAUUGUUUCUACUAACAAUAGCGGCAACAAUAGUAUUCAACGAAAAUUUUCUGAUGGAGGAGAUGGAGAUGAUCCCAAUGAAGAUAAACCUAUAACAUUAAAACGAAGUCAUGAGGCUGAUUACAAUGAUUCAGAAGAAGGUUUAGAGUCAGUAAAAAAAGCGUUUUCAUUAAUGGGAUAUACUUUUAACAAAAAUUACGAGCAAUCAAAUCUUCAAGGAGAAGUAGUAUACAAGAAAAAAAACAUUAGGUUAUCAAAUAGACAAUUAAAAAUGAGAUACUAUAGAUUCAAACCAGCAAAUAAACAUAUAUACUUUGAUGAUAAUGGAGAGGAAAUUACUAACACUAUAGACAAAGUGAAACAUUAUUUAUCAUAUUGCCCUAUUUUGCCAUCAGCGAAAGCAGAAUUACAACCCUCUGAAACAGGUUCCUAUACAGCACAAUUUACAUCAAGUUCUGAUGAUGAAUGUGAUGAUAGCCUUAAGACAAAGUUGCAAACGAAGCGAUUUGUAUUUAAUAAACCAAGCACAAGUUCAAUAGAUUCAGUAGCAGAUAAAAGACAAUUCGAUGAUAUUCAUGAUACUUUAAAUAUAUUCGGUAGUCAAGACGAUGUUUUUCACAAUAUCGAGGAUGAUGACAUAUACAUUGAUCAAGAUAAAACAAAUGAUCUUACAAAAUGUGCAUCGGAAGACCAGUUUGCCGAACAAGAUAAUGAAUAUUGCGACGGAUUAAAUGUUGAUAUGGAUAUAGAUGAAAACAAUAGUAACAACGAAAUACAAAGUAUGAAAUUAUCAGAUGAGGACAAUAUAAAGAGAAUACAAAAGAAAAAACGAAGGAAGCAAUCUAAAAAAAGUAUAAGCCUUCCAGUAGAAAUAGUCAGUGAUAAAUGUUUAAUGAAGUAUUGGUUAAAGAGAUAUCAUCUGUUUAGCAAGUUUGAUGAAGGCAUUAAAAUGGAUCGUGAAAGUUGGUUUUCUGUCACGCCAGAAAAAAUUGCCAAGCACAUAGCUGAAAGAUGCAGAUGUGAUACCAUAAUUGAUGCAUUCUGUGGCGCAGGAGGAAAUGCUAUUCAAUUUGCUUUUACUUGUGAAAGAGUACUUGCAAUAGAUAUAGAUCCAGCUAAAAUCGAACUUGCUCGAAACAACGCCCGUGUUUAUGGUGUUGAUGACAGAAUAGAAUUCAUUGUUGGAGAUUUUCUUAAGAUCGCAUCAAAAUUAAUCGCAGAUGUUGUGUUUCUGAGUCCUCCAUGGGGAGGACCUGAUUAUAAUAAGAAUGAUACUUUAGAUCUCAAUAACAUUAUGCAUCCCAUUGGUGGAGUAAAUAUAUUUAAUAUAGCAAGAAAAAUCACAGAUGAUGUGGCCUACUUUCUACCUAGAAAUAUAGAUACUAUGCAGCUUGCCAUAUUAACCGGAGUAGGUGGUGUAGAAGUGGAGCAAAACUUUAUUGACAGGAGGUUAAUAGCUUUAACGGCUUAUUAUGGCGAACUGUCCAAGGACUGUUAGUUGUGAUAUGAUGUGUAAUUUACGAGAAGAUCCGCAUCAGCCGCUUAAAAACAGGAACUUCUCACAUUUUAUGAAUAAUUAGCUGUAAAUAAUGACUCGUAUCAAUUUGCUUAGGCUAUCGUGAAAAACAGUAUUCUUUAUUUCACCUCAUGCUUUUUUUUUUUACAAAAUACAUAUAAAAAGGCAAGUGUUAUAUAUUAUAAGUU